UGAGGCAGUGACAGAAGUGUCUGGCUGUCUGCAUUUCUGGUUUUCUGCAACUGUGUGCAUCUUUCAGCCACCGGUGGCGCUAGCAACCUGUACGGAGCCAAUCGCUGCUAAAAAUUUAGCUUUGUUGUGGUGCGAUGGGCCAUGAGAAUUAAGUAAUCCCUGUUCCCGCCAAAGUCGCCGUCCUUUUUUUUGUUUAUAAAGUGAUGGUUGAAGGAAUCAUCGUUACGUCAAAAUGUUCGCUCAAAAAGGAGUUGAGCUCAUACAGGAACUCGAAAGAGCAAAAGACUUUCUUCCACCCUUCAACGAAGAUGGAGUUCGCCAGGUACUGGAGGAGAUGAGAGCUUUGUUUGAAGAAAAUCAAAGAGAUGCGAGCUCUGCUGUAGCAGGGGAGUCAGAAUACAUUACUUCAGUGCAUAUUCGGCACUGUGCUCUAGAAAGAAAUAAGAGGUGUUUGAUGGCCUACCUUUAUAACAGACUUGAAAGAAUAAAAGAACAUCGCUGGCAUUUUGGUUCAGUCCUUCCUGCAGAUAUAAAGGCAAACAUCUGUGAGCCUGAAGCUCAGUUCUUCAUGAAAUACAACAAAUCCCUUGCAGCAUAUAUGAAAUCUAUAGGUGAAGGUAGUUAUUCACUUGAUCUCACUCAGAACCUGAAACCACCAAAGAACUUGUAUGUACAGGUUAAAUGCAUCACUGAAUUUGGGGAGUUUGAAACCUGAGGAUGGGGAUAUUGUUGUAUUGAAGAAAAAUAGCUUACACUUAUUGCCUCGUGUCCAGUGUGAGUUGCUUAUCGCACAAGGAAUACUUGAGCAUGUUUCGUGAUGUUAUCAAUGUAUCUGAGUUAAGAAUAAACAUUGUACAGGGCAGUAUAAAAAUAAGCCAGUAAAAUA